AAAAUGGAUCCACGACAGUGUCUGUUUUCGGUUACAUCAGUUUUGUUAGUGACAACAUUGUGUAUCCACGGUCAGAUGCGACCGAUAAAAAUCGGAGCAAUUUUUCACAAAGGCGAAGAAGAUCUUCGAUCUGUAUUCGUAAGAGCAAUCUCUGACACAAAAAACGGAAACUAUGCAUCCACAUUUGAACUUGUACCAAUUAUUAAAUACGUCGAAGGCAAUACCGAUAGCUUUAUGACUGCCAAAGCUGCUUGUCAACUUCUUGAGGAAGGUGUGGCAGCUAUUUUCGGGCCUUCAAGUCGGUAUACUAGUAGGAUAGUUGCAAGCAUUGCUGCGCGAUUUAAUAUACCGCAUAUUGAAUUUGUCUGGCGAGAAAACGAAAGAAAGAAAAACCAGAAGAAGACUUCAUCAUCAAUGACCAUAAACAUAUUCCCUGCCAGUGAACAAGUCAGUCAGGCUAUCGCUGAGGUCAUUGAUUCAAUGAAAUGGCAAAAAUUCGUAGCGAUUUACGAAACUGACGAAGGACUGUCACGUCUUCAGAAAACUUUGACUUUAAAAAGAUACAACAAGGAUCCGAUUAUACAUACAGUAUGGAAGCUUAAUGAAGGACCGGAUUAUCGCUCAAUGCUUAAAAAGAUACGUCAUUUACCAGUGUGCAAUAUAAUUAUCGAUGUUAAGCCGGAAAAUAUCAUGAAAGUACUCCGUCAGGCAAAGGAAGUCAAUUUACUAGCAGAUUAUUGCAACUUCGUUAUUACAUAUUUGGAUUCAUCCAUGUUACCUAUUACCGAGAUGCGAAACAAUACUGUUAAUAUCACUGGACUGAGCAUAAGAGAGAAUAACGUAGAAAAAAUUGAUUGGCUAGAUUCAAUGAUCCUCUAUGAUGCAGUAUUUUUGUUGCAUGAGGCAUUAGAGACUCUAACUGCAAGAAAUAUUGAAAAUAAAAAUACGUCCAUUGAUCCUAUACGAUUUUCUUGUAUCAAUAAAACUACAUUGUAUGCAGCAGGGUCUAAUAUUAUCAGUGUUAUGCAAGAGAUAUCAAAGAAAGGAAAAAUAACAGGCAUUAUGUACAUUGAUGAAUAUGGUCGUCGACAACAUUUUAAUGUAAAAAUUUUGAAUUUUCAACAAUCGGGGAUAGUACAAAUGAGUUAUUGGGACUUUAAUGGUAUACAUGCCACACAGAGUAAGGAGGAGAAGGAUAUCGAUUUACAUAGAUUCAUGGAAGAAAAAAUAUUCAAGAUUAGCGUAAAGCUAAAUGCACCCUACAUUAUGGAAGUGAUCGAUGGUUCAACGCGAGGAAUACUAAUUGGUCAAAAACGCUAUGAAGGUUAUUGCAUCGAUUUGAUUAAUCAUAUCGCAAAUUUUCUACGCUUUAAAGGCAUAGUAUUCCAACUUGUAACUGAUGGAUAUGGCAAUUAUAAUCCACAAACGAGGAUUUGGAAUGGUCUAAUCAGGAGCAUUCUGGAUUAUGAAGCCGAUCUUGCUAUAUCCGAUUUAAGUAUAACAUCCUUCCGCAAAUCCAUUGUGGAUUUCAGUUUGCCUUUCAUGACCUCGGGUUACAGCAUUGUGUUUAGCAAACCAGAAGAGAAAACGCCACCUUUUUUCCCCUUCUUGUUACCUUUAUCUACAGAAGUAUGGCUCUACGUGGCUAUUGCUUAUCUUGUCGUAUCGAUAAUGUUAUUUGUUCAGACAAGAAUGGCACCUGAUAAAUGGAACAAUCCGCAUCCUUUAUGCAAUGAUCCUGAAGAACUAAAAAAUAAUUUUAACUUCAGAAACUCGUUCUUCUUAACUAUUAGUUCUUUUAUGCAACGAGGUUCAAACAUACUGCCCAAAGCAUCAUCUCUGCGCAUGCUUGUAAGCAUGUGGUGGUUCUUUACUUUGAUCAUAUAUAGCUUAUAUACAGCGAAUCUAGCCGCUUUUCUCACUAAGGAGAAAAUGGACAUACCUAUUAAAGGAAUUGAAGACCUGCCUAAACAGACAAAAAUUAAAUAUGGUGUAGUAAAGGAUAGCCACAUAGCAACAUUUUUCAAAAAUUCAAAUUACUCAACGUACAAACAAAUAUGGGCUGCAAUGGCGAAUUCUAAACCAAGCGUAUUCGUAUCAAAUUAUGAAGAAGGCAUUGACCGAGUUCUCACGGGUAAAUAUGCCUUUUUCAUGGAAAGUGCUGCUAUUGAAUAUAAUACGGAGCGCAAAUGCGACAUAAUUAAAAUAGGCAAUAUGUUUGAAAACAGAGGUUACGGCAUUGCUAUGCCACGCAAUUCUCCAUACAGAACAUCUAUUGACCAAGCGAUCCUGAAAUUAAAAGAGAAAGGUAUACUGCAAAACUUGAAGAUAAAAUGGUGGAGAAAUAAGGGAGGAGGUUUAUGCAAAAAAGAUGAAAUGGAAAAGAAUACAAGCACAUACGAAUCAGGGAUGGCAAGUCUCGGAGGUGCAUUCUUCAUUCUAAUAUGUGGUUGCAGCGCUUCGUUCUUUGUUGCAAUUUGCGAAUUUCUGUGGAAUAUACGUAAAGUCGCUGUGACAGAGAAGAUCAUGCCGUGGGAAAUACUAGUUGCCGAGUUGAAAUUCGCUGUAAACAUCUUCGCAAUUACGAAACCCGUUAAAAUUGUUAAGAGCAGCAACAGUAACAUAAAUUUCAGGGAGGGACUUGAUAGAGCUGUGUUCACGACUUGA